GUAUUUGAAUAAUGUUGGCUAUGUUAUUAUGUGGUCUACACUAAGGCUAUAUUGACUCACUUAGUAGCCAUGCCUUCUUUUGAAAGUAACAGUUCAUCCUUUCACGUCAGUAUUUAAGCCUGACUCGUAUCGUAUGCUUUUCUAUAUCGGGAAUGAUGGUCAGUUCUUACCACUCCUUUUUGGGCAUGGCCUUUAUUUCUCUAUAUCUUAUUCACUCAGCAUACACUUCAGAUGUUUACAUUGUCUAUUUAGGCAACAAUGUUCAAGAUCAUAUUCUCACUUCAAAUUACCAUGUUAAUCUCCUUUCCAGUGUGUUUUCAAGUCAAGAAGAUGCGAGGCGAUCCAUUAUCUAUAGCUACAAACAUAGUUUCUCAGGCUUUUCUGCAAAAAUUAACUCAACACAAGCAGCCACCUUGACCAGGAUAAAAGGAGUGAUGUCAGUAUUCAAAAGCCAGAUACUGAUGUUGCACACAACUAGAAGCUGGGAUUUCAUGGGUCUCAACUUGGACCCAACUGUCGAUCAAGCAGAUCCAUUGCAAAUGACUUACGGAGACAACACAGUUGUUGGCUUAUUUGAUACUGGCGUCUGGCCAGAAUCAAAGAGUUUCCAUGAAGAACCUAACAUGCAUCCAAUUCCAAGCACUUGGAGGGGAGAAUGUGUCCAAGGACAAGAUUUUGAUCCUAGGACAGCUUGUAACCUAAAGCUUAUAGGGGCUCGUUAUUACCUUAAAGGAUACGAACAAGAAUAUGGCCCACUAAAUACAAAUGUAACCUCAGAAUAUCGAUCGCCACGUGACGCCAAUGGCCAUGGGACCCACACGGCAUCCACAGCAGUGGGGUCCACAGUGAAAGCAGCGAGCUUUUUUGGAUUUGCACAGGGGACUGCAAGAGGAGGUGCACCUAGAGCAAGAUUAGCAGUGUAUAAAGUAUGUUGGGAGGAAGGGAAGUGUAGUGAAGCUGAUACUUUAGCAGCAUUUGAUGAUGCAAUUCAUGAUGGAGUGAAUGUGAUAUCGGCCUCUUUCGGUUCUCCACCACCACUACUUCCUUUCUACGACAGGAGUUCUGAUAUCGGGGCUUUCCAUGCUAUGCAGAAGGGUAUUAGCGUCAUUUUCUCAGCAGGAAAUAAUGGACCAGACCCGUCUCUUGUCCUAAAUGUUGCACCUUGGGCUACAUGUGUCGGUGCUUCAUCUAUUGAUCGAAAUUUCCCAACACAGAUGUUACUUGAUAAUAGUCUUUCUUUCACAGGGGAAAGCUUCAAUACUAAACAUAUAGAAGCAAACCUGGUUGCAGCUCGAUCUCAUUUCCGUGGAGGGAUAUGCAGAGUCGAUAGGUGGAGAAACAAUAGAGCGACAGGGAGAGUGAUCCUGUGCUUCUCAACCCAAGGAGGUGUACAGAUUGAAGAAGCAGAGGUAGCAGCUUAUAUAGCAAAUGCCACAGGUUUGAUCUUUGUAGACUCACCUACUCGUCAGUAUGUCGAUGUGGAUAUAAUUCCUACCAUUCGGGUUGACAUGAUUCAAGGGACUAAAAUGAACAUAUAUCUUUCUCAAAGCUUGAUAAACGUCACUAAGGUUCAUAUAUUUCCUAGUAAGACGGUAAUCAAACAAUCACCCGCACCUGUUGUUGCGGAGUUCUCAUCAAGAGGCCCAAACUCAUUAUCACCUGAUAUACUCAAGCCGGAUAUAACUGCUCCAGGAAUCGGCAUCUUAGCAGCGUGGCCUCCCGCAAUAUCUCCAACUUCAACUUCAAUUGAUCAAAGAUCCGUGGAAUGGAAUUUUCUGUCAGGAACAUCAAUGUCAUGCCCUCAUGUAUCCGGUGUAGUUGCUCUUAUAAAAUCUGUUCAUCCUGAUUGGUCUCCAGCAGCCAUUAAAUCUGCUCUAAUGACAACAGCACACAACAGGGACAUGAAUCACGAUACCAUAAUAUCCUCUGGCACAAACGAAGAAUCUACUGCAUUUGACAUAGGAGCCGGCCAUAUAAACCCAUUAAAAGCUAUGGAUCCCGGUCUAGUCUAUGACAUGAAACCCGACGACUACAUUCUCUUCCUAUGCAACAACGGCUACACCAUAGAUCAAAUCAAAAGAAUAAUAACCCUCACACCGGGAACUACCAUAACCUGCCCAAAACAACCAACCACCAAUACAAACCUAAACUACCCAUCCAUCACAGUCUCGAGUCUCCAGUCCACCGUUACUAUCAAACGAACUGUUAAAAACGUGAGUGGCAAGAAAACUGCCAUAUACAUUGCUAGUAUUGUUAGUCCUCAUGGCGUGGUCAUUACAGUUUGGCCUAGAAUCUUGUUUUUCACAUAUUAUAACGAUGAAAUAUCGUAUUACGUGACUUUAACACCGCAAAAGGUGUCACAAGGAAGAUAUGAUUAUGGUGAGAUUGUUUGGUCUGAUGGUUUUCAUACAGUUAGAAGCCCAUUAGUUGUGUGUGUUAAUACUACAACCAACAUUCAUGAAUCUUUUCAAGCAAUUUGAAUUUGUUUUUUCCAUUGUAAUUGUAAUGUAUUAACAUGUUUCAUGUGAAUUAUUGUUAUCUUUUGAA